AUGGGCGGAGGAGCGAAAGGAGGAAGGGGGAAGGCGAUAGAGGAGGAGAUAAGGGAAGAGGAGGCCACGAAGAAGGAGAAAAGAAAAGAGAAGGGGAGGAAGGAGGAGAAGGGGAAAGAGGAGAAGGGGAAAGAGGAGAAGGGGAAAGAGGAGGCAACGACGAAGAAGAAGACGACAACACAGAAGGGGAGGAAAGAGGGAAGGAAAAGCGACGUGGCGGACAUCAAGUACAUCUUUGAACAAUAUCUUAGUCAAUCCUACGAGAGGGUUCAGUCGCUGAAUUAUGAAUGCAAGUGGUUGACAGAAAACUUGCAUUUCUUCGAGUUCCCCAUGUUGCCACCCUUACAUUGUUGGGCAAAGAUAAAUGAAGACGACGAGGAGAUUUAUGUUGUCAUGAAGCAUUCUAGAUCACCUUGCGACAUCAAGAUCUUCACGUUCAUGGGGGCAAAGAAUCUGGGCUAUGUCGUUUUAGAAUCCUACGAUGGAGUGAACUUUCGGAACUUGUACAGCUAUGCAAGGACUAGGAAAGAAGUGUUCGUUCAGCGCAGAAAGCAACGUUUUUCAAUCGAGCACACAGGAGAGGCGGCUCGAGUCUCCAAGGAAUGCUUCAUCUUCGGCCAUUGCAUCGACUUUGCCGACACACCAACUCCAGCCGGCAUUGUAGAAGCGAGCCAACUAUCCUGCAAUCAUCCGGCAAACAUCAUUCUUGAACCACGCUGCAGUUGGGCUCAAGUUCGUGGCGCGGCCGUUUCACAAUGCCGUUCGGAGGGAGCCUCCUACUCUCAGCUUGUCUUGUACGAUGAAGACCCGCCAAUCUCUUACGAAUGUGGGGGAUACCCUGUGUCAAACGGUGUCGUGCUGUUUCGAUUCCACGACAACCGUGGAAAAGGUGUUUUGCAGGGCUGGCAGGUACCCUGGACUGAUUUUCAACAUGACGAAUUGUUCCAAAAUCUCAAGAGAUUGAAAGGAAUCUUCACCAAAUUAAGGCGAUACCUCAUCAUACCUCCUGUAGAUAGCAAGAUUGGAAAUUCCAUACAUCUUGCGUAUGAGUUCCAAAAAAUCCCUGAAUGGAUGAAAUAUAUGCAUACAGAGCUGACUGAUUUGUUAAAGGAUCAACCGGUCAGAGCUUUGAACCCAAUGCAACGUUACUAUCUUCAAUUGUUGGCUGACAGUGAAGCAACCCCGUCCUAUGCACUUUCUCUCAUACUGUGUGAUCUACAUGAACAGCGUAUCAAGAAUGCCAAAGCAUGGAUAGACAGGUCGAUCGAUUACUGCCAAUUCUUGUCUGAAAACCAUCGCACCGUCAUCUGCAUAGGCUCUGGAUUCCUUGAAAACCUAACAAAGUUUCAAAACGAUAUAUCCGAUUUUCAAAAGGUCUUUCAGAUCUUGACGACCCUUGCAAAAGUUGAAAUCCCCAAAACCAAGUGGCAGAAGAAGCAAUUCUUGGUCAUUCUGGAGGAAGCAUGCAGCGGAAAUAAUGAUCAGAAAGCAGCGGGUCUCAACACCGAAGAGCUUAUCUUUGAAUUUCCGGGCAGAUACAGGAAAGCAGACAAAUUGAUAUUGGGACCCGAGCAUGUUGGUUGUCCAAUAACGAUAAUCAUCCACAAUUCUACCCAAUCGCAUAGACAGAAUCGAAAGAAACUGAAAAUGAAAGUAACGAAGUGGUUCCGCAACAACUUUAAAACCUAUCCAAACCAUGAAUUUCUGACUUACAACUUGUCCAAGUGCCCAAAGUUGUCAGUUUUCAACGAGAAUGCCUUGAUCUCUGAUUCUCUGGCAAAAGAUCUUGAAACUCUCGAAGCUGAUGGAGGCUUCUCAGCGCCAUCGGAACAGUCAGAAGGAAAGGUCGUCUUUCAAAAAACGCUGCAUGUCGGUAAGAUGGCAAGUUUGAUAGAGCGAGAUCAAACAGGAUCCAACAGAGUCCUCGGGCACAUUUAUAUCGAAAAACAGAGCAAAGGAGAUAUCGAAGAUGAAGUCCUUUACAAGUCGCAGAAGCUUCUUACUAAACACAAGGACCAGCGCCUACUAGAAGCCUUCACCCGAGGAUCCAUUGAGAUCGAUCAAAGUGUGUUCUCCAGCACGCUACCAGCUCCCCGUGAAUGUGAUGCCGACAGCAAUUUAUAA